GGCAAAAAGUAAAAAGUCCACAUUCAUCAUCGGCAUGUACGGAUAUGGUAAUGAAUUGUCCGGAUUCUGAGUACUAUGAGUGCCACGACUGAGGACGGUGUGGCGGCGGCGGCGUUGGCGUGGUUCCGCAAGACGAUUCCAGACAAGAAGCAUGCCUUGAACGAGCACACCAUCUUCAGUGCCAUCGUCCUUCACGAAACACAGAUUGGUGACGAUGCAGAUGCCACGCACGAACGCUUCCAAGUGCUUAGUGCGGGCACAGGCACCAAGUGUGUGGGCGUCAGUGGACUGUGUCGCGACGGCUUUGUCGUGGCAGACAGCCACGCUGAGGCCGUUUGUCGACGAUCGUUUCUUCGGUACUUGUACCAGGACCAAAAGCACAUGCCCCCCGACUCGAUCUUCGAGUUCGCACCCGUGGACAGUACGACUUUGGUUGGUCCGUUACAGCGCCGGCGACGGUUGAAACCAUCGUGUCAACUCUACAUGUACAUCAGCGAAGCGCCGUGUGGUGAUGGAGCCCUGUACGACCUCACCGACACCACGCUCGAGGUCAUCCACGAGUCCAAACUGAAAAAGCAAAAGCUGGACCAUCCCAAUGACGAGGUCGUCACAGUGCCGCGCCGCACCACCGGAGCCAAACAAGCCGACUCGACGGCGCAUUCCAAUGCCAUCGGCGUCGCCCGCGUCAAGUCCGGUCGGUCGGACAUUUUACCCGCGAACCGAACGCUGUCCAUGUCGUGCAGCGACAAAUUAUGUCGAUGGGUGGCCUGUGGUUUGCAAGGCGCCGUGUUAUCACGUUGGUUUCGUCCUGUGGUCCUCAGCGGCGUCGUCGUGAGUCAAGUCCAAGAUGCCGACCCCACGAGUUUCCGCGACGCCCUCAGGCGAUGUAUGCAGCGGGUGGAAGGUCCUGGAUGUGCCACGUUUAUCACGACCAAGCACCCGUUUCCCCUCUCGCGGUCCGCGACUCGGACAAGUGCGUCCGGCUUGUCGUUGAACUGGACGUUUGGGUUGUCGUCCGUGGAUGACGCCUCUGUCGAGUACACGAUCGGCGCCCGCGGCGUCAAAAUGGGCGCCAAGAAAGUUCUCAACGAUGUCAAUUCCAAGCAGAAAAUGAGCUCGCGCUUGAGUCGGCGGCGGCUCGGACGCCUCGCCAUCGCGUUAGUCGAGUCGGAAGAAGGGGAUCUUUCUCCUAUCGCCACAUAUGACGCCCUCAAAGCAGCAGCUACGUCAGCGGAAUACCUCGCAAACAAACGAGCAUUUCGCAGCCUACGUGCGUUUCAAACAUGGCGAGGGAAUCCCGUCGAGUUUAGUCGGUUUGCCCUGCCGUAACGAUUUCGAAUAUCGUUUAAAAUGUACAUUGCAUUCCACUUGGUGGCAUCACAUCUACCAACCACUAUGUAGUAGUCGAC